AUGGAUUUCUCCUCCAAAUAUAGUCAAGUUCACAGGGAGAGAAAAUAGUGUGUGAGAGAGAGAGAGAAACAAACGCUCGCUCACUCACUCUCGCUUUUAAUUUCUUCUUUGGCCUGUUCAUCUCCAUCAUUACCAACAAAGCCAAGCCAACACCACCUCACACCUCACCCUCUUCAAAUUCUGUAUCUUUUUCUCUAUUUUCAACUACCCAAGAACAGAACAGAAGAGAACAGAAACAGAGGAGCAGAGCAGAGCUACUAAUUCUCUGGAAGAGUAAAAGCUACUACAUAUUUCACUGUCAGAUCUUUUUUCAUGCUAACAUAACUCUGAAAUCUGGGAUUUCUUCUUCUUUGUUGGUUAGCUCAAAGAGCAACAGCAUCGACCUUGAUCUGAUGCAAAUUUCACUCCUAAUUUGAGCUUUCACCUUGAUUUUCUGAUCUGGGUUCUGUCAUUUCUCUUUGGAGAUUUGAAGCCUCUUUAGCUUGGCCGAUCUUUACUGUUUCCUUUAUUGGAAGAAUUUUGAUCAAUGGAAUUGGAAGAUCAACAAUUCAAGCAUCUAUGCAAGUACUGCAGCAAGAGCUUUCCCUGUGGUAGAUCCUUGGGAGGUCACAUGAGGUCUCACUUGACCAAUAAUUCGGCAGAACCAGAGGAAAAACUCAUAAUCGGCAAAGUUAAACUCCCAUCGGCCAACAAUGUUAAUUCUGAUUUUGAAACCGGACCUCAUCAUCAGCCAGGUUAUGGCCUCAGAGAGAACCCCAAGAAGACUUGGAGGCUUGCAGAUUCAAGCGAGGACACUUCACUUCUCCCUGACAAGUUUUGCAGAGAAUGUGGUAAAGGGUUUCAGUCUUGGAAAGCUCUGUUUGGUCACAUGAAGUGCCACUCAGAGAAAGAAAGAGUUGUUAAUUCCAUCAAUAGCUUUGAUGAGGAAGAAGAAGAAGAUUCUUGGACUUGUGCCAACCAAAAGCUAGUCAUGGACAGCCAAUCUGACAACGAAACUACUACUCCCAACAGGAGAAGAAGAUCGAGACGAAGAAGAACAAGGUACAUGGGCACAACAACCUCCUCUUCCAAUUUCUCUAUUGCUAAUGCUGCCACUUCCUCUGUUUCUGAGAUUGAGCAAGAACAAGAAGAGGUUGCUCUGUGUUUAAUGAUGCUUAAAAGGGAUGCGGGUCACUGGGGUGGCUUGAAAUUUGUAGCACAUGACUCCUCUGAUAACAAUUCUGUGUUCUCUGAAGCUCCUUCAUCAGGUCGAACAAAUCGGGUUAAGGCUGAUAUUAAGGGUAAAGUUUCUGUCUGCAGUGGUAUUGAGAUUUUGAAACUGAAGAAGAAACUUAAUAAAAAGACAUUGGAGCUUGGAAAUUUGGAUUCUGAUUUUUCAAAACAUGGGUCUAGGAUGAAAAAAGAAGAACUUUCUGCUGUUGGGUUUUCCAAAAAUGAUAAAUUGGACAAGAAAAUGGAGUUAGCUCAACCUCAAUUGGGUUCAAACAACAAGUGCAAUUCAAGCAAGAGAAAAUUCCAGGAGAGUUAUGAUUUUGAGUCAAGGUCAGAGCAAUCUCUGAAAACAUUGAACACAACUAGAGGUGAUGUUUUAGAUUCUGAAGCAGCCUGCAAGAGUUCACAAAAGAGAAGCAAAUUUGAGUGCACUACUUGCAACAAGGUUUUUAGGUCAUACCAAGCUCUAGGAGGCCAUAGAGCAAGUCAUAAAAAGAUCAAAGGAUGCUUUGCCUCAAAAGUUGAAAGCAGUGAAAACACCAUUGAAACAGAGCUCUCUCCUGAGCCAACAUCAGACAGUAAGCUCAGCAAGUCUUGCAACAAUGAAAACCCCAUUGAGCAUGAUGUUAAAGCUGAGAUUAGUACAGAGAAUAAAGGUCAUGCUUGUCCAAUUUGUCUAAAAGUUUUCCCCUCAGGCCAAGCCUUGGGUGGUCACAAGAGAUCCCAUUUGAUUGGUGGUUCAGCUGAGAAUAAAAACAGCCAAACCGUUGUAAUUCAGAAACCUGCAGCACCUGAAGUCAGGGACUUUCUUGAUCUCAAUCUCCCUGCUCCUGUUGAAGAAGAGAGCAGUAGCAGCCAUGCUGCGGCCUUUAAGCCAUGGUGGGUUGGAAGCAGUCAUAAGCAUGAGGCCCUUGUAGGCCUCAUCUCCAACUGAGUUUCCUAUUUAAUUCCUGCCCAUGAUGGUUUCCAAUCCAAUAAAGAUUCAAGAGUGUACAGAUACAUAUUUCUGGACAUUAAUUCAUUAAUUCUUUGCAGAUUUUAGAGUUUGCUGAGGCAUU